CGGUCGAGCAGCGCGACGUCCCGCAGAGCCAGUGCAGUGCUUCUCUCCGCUCCCGCUCGCUCCGCUCCGGCCCGGCCCCGGCCCGGCCCGGCCCGGCCCGGCUCCGGCUCGGCUCCGGCUCCGGCUCGCGCCUGCCGCCGACCCGCGAGUGGUGCGCGACGAUGCCCCGGCCCGGGGCCGCGACGGGCCGCCAGCUGCCGGGGCUCGCGAGCGCAGCCUAGCCGCGCGGCCGCAGUGUGUGCGGCGCGGCCCAGUGACGCGGCAUGUCGGCGCGCGCCGACGCGGACCCGCCGCCGCCGGCCAGCCCGGCCAGCGAGCAGGCCGAGGAGAUCAACGUGGACGACGACUCGGACUCGCGCAGCUGCGCCAGCGACGGCCUGACCAAGGUGUCGCGGGCGGCGCGCGGCCCGCGGCUGCCGGCGGCCAGCCAGCGCAGCCACCCGUUCAGCAUCAGCCGGCUGCUGGCCGUGCAGCAGCCGGCGCCGGCGGCCGGGGAGCCGCGGGCGCGCAGCGCCUGCGCCUCGCCCGCCGACGGGCCGCAGCCCGCGGGCGCCUGGGCCGCCGAGCCGCCCGACGAGCCCGAGGACCGCUCCUCCGAGAAGGACGACGACGAGGAGGAGGACGAGGAGCGCCAGCGGCGCGAGCUGCAGCGCCGCCGGCUGCAGCAGCAGCAGCGGCUCGAGGAGGCGGCCGCGGGCCGCGCGGGCGCCGAGCUGCUCGCGCCCUUCCGCCUGUUCCCCGGGGCCGUCUACGCCAACGGCGUGAUCCGCGUGCCGGCGCACCGGCCGCCGGGCUCGGCGCUGCUGCCGGCGCCCUGGGGGCUGGCCGCCGCCGGCUCGCCGCAGCAGCAGCAGGCGGCCGUGGCCGCGGCCGCGGCGGGCUACCAGACGGCCCGCUUCCUGGCCAACCUGGCGGCGCACCCGCUGCAGGCGCACCCCCACCUGAAGGACCGGCUGGCCGUGGCGGGCAGCUUCCCGCGGCGGAUCGGCCACCCCUACCAGAACAGGACCCCGCCCAAGAGGAAGAAGCCGCGCACCAGCUUCACCAGGCUGCAGAUCGCCGAGCUCGAGAAGCGCUUCCACAAGCAGAAGUACCUGGCCUCCGCCGAGAGGGCUGCGCUCGCCAAGACCCUCAAGAUGACCGACGCGCAGGUCAAGACCUGGUUUCAGAACCGACGCACCAAGUGGAGGUACGCACCCGCUGUCGCCCUUUCCCUGCCGCGCUCCGAGCACCGACGCCGAGCAUCCGGGCGUUCGCGCGCUCGCUUUCCAGCAGCCAGCCGUUGCGCGCCGAGCGCGCCUAGCGCGCCCUCUAAUUACGUAACGCACGCGCUGCGCAAAUCCACGGGACUGCGCAACGACGCCGCCGCCGAACCCGUGGCCCUGUACGAGUGUCGGCGAUGUCGACACCACCAUUUCAGCCGCAAUUCGUCUACGCCUUGCGCCCUCGUCAAUUUGUUUACCCGAGUGGCUCGUCCUUUUUCACGACGUUCGAUGUCUGUUUAUCAAUUAGUCACCCCUGCGUUUUACAUCGAGUUGGAGGCCGACGGUGUUGCCCGGAUUUUACUGGCGGACGCAUGCAAACAAUCAAUCGUUCUCUCGCGACGUACGCGUAGCCACGCAACGCUGUCCUUCCCGCCGAUACUCCGAAUCUAGAAAGCAACAACGUCGAAAGCGAAACGCUCGCGAGUAUCGAGAUAAGCCUUGAGUGUCCGAUUGCGACUGUAUUUUUCAGUGAUCACACUUUGAUGCAGCAGAGAGAGGUGCGCGAUUGACCAGCGAGCGAUGCAAAAGACAUUGGGGACAUUCGCGCGGGGAGCGGUUCGCGUGCAAAAUGACUGGUAUCGAACAGGCCAAAAUCGAUUUGAGGCAAGCUACACGCCUACUAAAAAGUUAUUGCGUCGUUUUUUCAAAAUCCCAACGUUGCCGUGCCGUACAUGAAUAAUCGGCAGGCAAGCGGGUAAGCGAUACCCAUACCGCCCAUUCCGAUAUUUCGUAAAGCGACAUUCUCUGCGUCGGCUUGGGAAAAAAGUGUCCAAUAUAGUGCCCGUGCAAUUUUCAAUCUUCUCCAAAUAAUUAUUAUAAAAUGCGCGCACCUACGGUAAUCGUGACGGUAAAACAUGAAUCUCGGAGAUACUUUCGCGUCAAUCUUUGAUUAGCGCGUUCAAGUGGUGGUGGCCGCCGACUAGACUAGGAGACUAAGACAGUUCUGACAGUUUUGGUGCUGCGAACGAAGGCACGAAAAGUAAUUUUAUUCAACUCGCUCAAAGUCGCCUUCGUUUCUUUCCCGCUUACUGACGCGUACUAACCCGCGACAACGUAGUAUGGCUGGACAUGGUGAAAAAGCGUUAACGAUGCACGGAACCUUGCUAAAUUCAGCAUGCAAAAAGCGAUUAACGAACCAGGUAUCUUUCGGUGUUCCAGUCUUAUCCCUAAUAAAUAUAGCGGUGCGACGGAUAGAAAUAAGAUUCGCUUCACGGCUUCGUUCCCUUGGCACUACUUCACUUAGCAUAUCUCCGACCACAAGCAAGAGUGCAAAGAUCUGUAGCUUUGAGGUUUCUCGCUUUGGGAUGUUGCCGGCAUGUCGCGUUGAACUUGGAACGAACUCAACUGGACGUUUAACGCUAUAUACUUUUGCGUAGGAGCAACUGCGAGCGAGGUUUCAGGUGGCGUGUGCGCCUACAAACGCCUACGGUCAAUAGGCAACCCGUUACUCAAGCUAAACGAGACAUUUUAAUGUAAACAGUGGAAGCAGUUGCGAUCGAUCAGCAAAAAAUAACUUAAAUUCGAAGGGGCUUU